GCGGAGGGAUACACAGGCAAUCCCCAUUCUGGCCACGGCCAAUAUACACACUCCUAACCCGCCAGUGGAACUCCAUCUAAGGAACGACCACACUCCUAGUCUGCCUCCACAGACCGACAAGCACACAACCCAUCCGACAUGGCUGACCAGCUAACAGAGGAACAGAUUGCAGAGUUCAAGGAGGCUUUCUCCUUAUUCGACAAGGAUGGUGACGGCACCAUUACCACCAAAGAGCUUGGCACAGUCAUGAGGUCGCUGGGCCAGAACCCCACAGAGGCUGAGCUGCAAGACAUGAUCAAUGAGGUGGACGCUGAUGGUAAUGGUACCAUUGACUUCCCUGAGUUCCUCACCAUGAUGGCCAGAAAAAUGAAAGACACAGACAGUGAGGAGGAGAUCCGCGAGGCUUUCCGAGUAUUUGACAAGGAUGGAAAUGGCUACAUAAGCGCAGCAGAACUCCGUCAUGUCAUGACGAACCUUGGAGAGAAGCUAACGGACGAAGAAGUGGAUGAGAUGAUCAGAGAAGCAGAUAUCGAUGGAGACGGACAGGUCAACUAUGAAGAGUUUGUACAGAUGAUGACUGCAAAGUGAACCUCGCUCGCCCCGCCCUGUCCCCUCUUAGAAGAAACAAAAAAGAAAAAAAAAUCAAAAUGUUUUACUUACCUCUUGAGAAAAAAAAUGUUCAUUUAUUCAUACUGUUUCUGUAUAGAAAAUAAUUGAAUGUUGAAAUAAAAUAUCCUUCUGUCUACAGAGGAAAAAAAUAAAAAUAUACAAAAACAUCUGCAUGAAAAUGAUGGUUAGUGACCCUGUCCCCUCCCCCCAGAGAUCAAUUUAGCAUCAGUACUUAACAAGUAAAGAUAAUAACAAACCCUGUAACUGCUACCUUCAGACUAAAGCAAAAGCAUUUGGCGAACUCCUUCCAGUUCCAUUUGCUAGUGGUAAAUGUCUGGGCUGGCCAUCUCUUCUUUCUCUCUGUUUUCUGUUCUUCAUGCAUGCAGCUUGAGACCGGAGCACUAACCCCCCGCCCCCUCAUCCUUCCUCCGGGCUACCAGAGCGUGCUGAUUCCACUAUAAGCUGUCCUCUUGUUGGUUUGGUACAGUUUUUUUUGUAUUUGGAGAGGAGCCCUGUACUGUUAAGAUGAGAGCAUAUACCAGGUUCUAGCUCAAGCAUUAAAGUGGAAUGGGACUUAAUUGUAUGCUAGAUAAAAAGUGAAAAAAAACAAAAACAGUGUACAAAAAAUACAUUUUCAAAUGUCUGGCAUGUUCUUUUGUUUUUGUUAUGUUACUUGGAUGGCCAUCUUAGUAGUUGUGCGUCCUACCCUUUGGAAAGGAGGGUUUGGCUUAAAGUCUUAUGGUGAGCUUUCCGUUAGUUUUUUUGUUUUAUUUUGUUCUUUCACUGAGAUGGAGUGUCUGUCCUCUUUUCUUGCAAGAGAGAAUCACUGGCCUUCACUUUUCUUUUUCUUCUGUUUCUCAACUCAGAUAAGAGUGUAGUGGGGGUGUGUGCUGUGUUCGCAGCUCAUGUUGUUGGGAGCGUCAGCGCACCAGUCGUCACAGCUGUUAAUCUGAGUUCAGUUUACAUUCAUUCCAAGUUGUACAUGCUAGUCUUUUUUUUUUUUUUCAAAUAAAAGACCAUGAACUUUA